CGACAUGUGAUCACGAGCCUUGACGCCCACGCUCGCGACCGCCCAGUUUCUACUCCACUGCGCAACUACCCGCAAGGAACUAACUACGGUUGCGGCACUUUACUGAAGGCAGCUUGUACAGUUAAGCUGCUUUGGACAACGGGCACCAUGACUGCAGACGUAUCCAGUGCGGUGCUGGCUUUCGGCAUUGACCUCUACAAAGAGCUACUCGUCAACGAUGGCGGAAACGCCACGAACGUCGUUGCCUCGCCAUUCAGCAUCGCAGCCAUCUUGUCUAUGACUUUGGCCGGAGCCAGGGGUCAUACCGCCGUCGAAAUUACCGACAUCCUGCGUAUCAAAAGUGUUAGCCACGCCCACGGCCAGUUCUGUAAAUUGCUCGCGCAGCUUUCGAGCAGCGCAGCGGACGCGACACUCGUGACUGCAAACCGCCUCUACUGCGAGAAGACCUUUAGCGUCCUAGAGGACUACGCGAAAGUGCUGGAGGAGUUCUACGGCAGCGCCGUCAUUCCCGCAAACUUCAAGACUGAAACCGAAGAGGCGAGGCUCGCCAUCAAUGCCUGGGUCGAGGAGGUCACGAAGUCAAAGGUAAAAGAUCUCCUUCCGCGGGGAGUCGUCGACGCUCACACGGUGCUCGUCCUAGUCAAUGCCGUCUACUUCAAAGGUACGUGGAAAGACAAGUUUCCCGCGCACGCCACAUCACCGGGCAACUUCCACGUGUCCAAGAACGAGGUCAAGACUGUGGACAUGAUGCACAACCAGGCGCAGUAUCGCGUGUGCUCCAAGUGCGACGACCUCAAGGCGGGUGCCAUCGAGGUUCCGUACAAGGGUGGCAAGGCAUCCAUGCUGAUACUGCUCCCGGGAGACGUGGAAGGGCUGGCGAACCUGGAGGCCUCGUUGACGGCAACGAAGCUGGCGACCGUCGUGGCUGCCCUGCAAGGUCCCGCAACGACCACCAAGCUGACCCUGCCGCGGUUCAAAGUGGAGCAAGCCACGGACUUGAAGACGACAUUGCGCCGCAUGGGCAUCAAGGACCUCUUCGCGAGUGGCGCGGACCUCUCUGGGAUCAGCGGAAACAAAGAGCUGGCCGUGACGGCGGCCGUCCACAAGGCCUUCGUCGACGUCAACGAGGAAGGCACAGAAGCUGGGGCCGCGACCAUCAUGCCUGCGGCGAAUAGUUAUGCCAGGUCUGUUACGAACUUCACCGUGGACCGCCCGUUCAUGUUCCUGAUUAGGUGGCACGACCCCAGCGUUGUUUUGUUCAUGGGAUCUGUGCGGGACGUCUAAGGGACCGUAGCAGUGUGUGUUGGCUGAGCGUAUUCUAAACUGUAAUUCCAAUCGUCCUCAUGGAUGCAUGCUAGCAAAUAGUAAAACGACGGUAAUUAAUUUUGCUACUGCAGAUAUGAAGCAGGAUGAUUUAUUUUCGCCGAGUUGCGUUUGUACGCUGUUGCAAUCUGCUCUUUGAAAUGAGCCGUGUUGAAGGGUGGUGCUAUGCGCUUGGUAUUGCUGUACUGCCGCCUUCUGCUGCCUUUCCUUCGUAUCCUAGAGGCAGCGGGGCUAAUCGAACUGCGAUAGUGCAGCUUUUAUCCAACUUUUUCGAGUCGCUUAUGAAAACAAUACCACGUACCAAUGCGGUGAAAAUCCCUGUUAUAAACAUAGGAAGUGUAGGCACCUCUUCACUUGACUGUUCAUAGCAGCUGAUGAGUGCAAUCCAGGCAGCUUUCAUCAUAAGGUACCAGUGCUCAACAUCAUAAUGUUGGUCACAGUAAGUAAAUCUAAGGAGGGUUUUGGUUGUUUGUGUCGGUAUGUAAAAAAUCAAGCAGGAAUUAAACAUAUUUUC